ACCCAUGCCAACAUGGACGCUGUGAGAACAACGGUGGUGGGUAUAAAUGUAUCUGCUUUGACGGAUGGACUGGAACGAACUGUCAUCAAUGUGGCAAAUGAUUCAAAGAAUGGUGACAACAUGGCGGGGAUCAUAAUGAAGCCAGGCACUCCGUCUUGGGCCUCGAUGUUCAUGGAAAACAGCUCGGCCCGCAACAAUUUGACUCCAUCUGCUUUCCCGGUUCCAAACACUAGUAUUGACUCGGAGACCUUGCCGACAACUGUGACGUCACUGCCAACUACUGGUUCUUCUACGUUGGAGAGCACCAGUCUUGAUCCGGGGACCUUGCCGACAACUGUGACGUCACUGCCAACCACUGACCUGGAUGAAUGUAUCAAAAACCCAUGUCAACAUGGAAUCUGUGUGAACCAAGAUGGUGGAUACAAGUGUACCUGCUCACCUGGAUGGACUGGACGGAACUGUCAGGAAGACAUCAAUGAGUGUGACACACACUCAUGUCAACAUGGACAAUGUGUGAACCAAGAUGGCGGAUACACAUGUACCUGCUCACACGGGUGGACGGGACAAAACUGUCAGGAAGACAUCAAUGAGUGUGACAAACACCCAUGUCAUCAUGGACAAUGUGUGAACCAAGAUGGCGGAUACACGUGUACCUGCUCACAUGGAUGGACUGGACAGAACUGUCAAAAAGGUGACCUUUUUCUUUAUUUAAGUUGCUAA